AUGAAGCUCUCGGCGCCGCCCCCGCCCCUCGCCGCAGCCCGGGUGGCGCCCCCUCUCGGCGCCCGGCACGGAACGGAGCGGCGGCAGCAGCGGCCGCGGCAACAGCUCCGGCUCCGGCUCCGGCUCCUCCCGCUCCCGCUCCGGCCGCGAUCGGCCCCGCGCGCCCGGGCCCCGCGCCCCGACCCCGCCGCCGCGCCUUUCGGGGGCCUCGGGAGCCCCCGCCGCCCGCCUCACGCUGAAGUUCCUGGCGUGCUGCUGGCCGCGGGCAUGCUGGCGUUCCUCGGUGCCGUCAUCUGCAUCAUCGCCAGCGUGCCCCUGGCGGCCAGCCCGGCGCGGGCGCUGCCCGGCGGCGCCGACAACGCCUCGGCCGCCUCGGCUGCCGCCGCGUCCCCGGGCCCGCAGCGCAGCCUGAGCGCGCUGCACGGCGCGGGCGGCUCGGCCGGGCCCCCCGCCCUGCCCGGGGCGCCGGCGGCCAGCGCCCACCCCCUGCCGCCCGUGCCCCUCUUCAGCCGCUUCCUGUGCACGCCGCUGGCGGCAGCCUGCCCGUCGGGGACCGAGCAAGGGGACGCGGCUCCCGGCGAGCGCGAGGAGCUGCUGCUGCUGCAGAGCACCGCCGAGCAGCUGCGCCAGACGGCGCUGCAGCAGGAGGCGCGCAUCCGCGCCGACCAGGACACCAUCCGCGAGCUCACCGGCAAGCUGGGCCGCUGCGAGAGCGGCCUGCCGCGCGGCCUGCAGGACCCCGGGCCCCGCCGCGACGCCAUGGCCGACGGGCCCUGGGACUCGCCCGCGCUCAUCCUCGAGUUGGAGGACGCGGUGCGCGCCCUUCGGGACCGGAUCGACCGCAUCGAGCAGCAGGAGCUUCCAGUCCGGGUGAACCUCUCUGCGGCCCCAGCUCCUGCGCCUGUGGUGCCCACAGCCCUGCACUCCAAGAUGGAUGAGCUGGAAGGGCAGCUGCUGGCCAAGGUCCUGGCGCUGGAGAAGGAGCGGGUGGCCCUGAGUCACAGCAGCCAGCAGCAGCGGCAGGAAGUGGAGAAGGAGCUGGAUGCCCUGCAGGACCGCGUGGCCGAACUGGAGCAUGGGUCCUCGGCCUACAGCCCCCCGGACGCCUUCAAGAUCAGCAUCCCCAUCCGCAACAACUACAUGUACGCGCGUGUGCGGAAGGCGUUGCCCGAGCUCUAUGCCUUCACCGUCUGCAUGUGGCUGCGGUCCAGGUCGGGUGGCACCGGCCAGGGUACCCCCUUCUCCUACUCGGUGCCCGAGCAGGCCAACGAGAUUGUGCUGCUGGAGGCAGGCCAUGACCCCAUGGAGCUGCUGAUCAAUGACAAGGUGGCCCAGCUGCCCCUGAGCCUGAAGGACAGUGGCUGGCACCAUAUCUGCAUCGCCUGGACCACAAGGGAUGGCCUGUGGUCCGCCUACCAGGACGGGGAGCUGCGGGGCUCCGGUGAGAACCUGGCCGCCUGGCACCCCAUCAAGCCUCAUGGGAUUCUCAUCUUGGGCCAGGAACAGGACACCCUAGGUGGCCGGUUUGAUGCCACCCAGGCCUUCGUGGGUGACAUUGCCCAGUUUAACCUGUGGGACCAUGCCCUGACGCCCGCCCAGGUCCUGGGCCUUGCCAACUGCACGGGGCCGCUGCUGGGCAAUAUCCUCCCCUGGGAAGACAAGCUGGUGGAGGUCUUUGGAGGUGCGACGAAGGCCACGUUCGAUGUCUGCCAGGGGAGGGCCAAGGCCUGAGGGGCUGCCUGGUCCAGGGCCCCUCCCUUGCCUGCCGAUUCGGGAACCUUCCGGGGCGAGGGCACAUUCCCUCCUCAGCCUACCCCCACACUGGCCGCCCCUCUUGUCCCACUCCUGGCCAUGCCUCCCGCUUCUCCCACCCCUACGCAUACCUCCAGAACAGCCUGCCCUUGCUGGCUGUCCCCUAAUGCCUCUUGGAUGGGGACAAGCAACUCCAGUCAACAGGUCAAGCCUGGGGUGAGUCCAGAGCCUGGCAGGGGUGUGUGGGGGGUGGCAGGACAUUGCCCAGGGCUCUUCCUGGCCUGUUGGCAUUACAGUGGAGUCCCACCCCACCGUCCCAUCAACCACAACCGACUCCACUGAUCUCAACAGCACCCCCUAAUGAGGUGGUGUUGGGGGGGGUACCCAUUAUCUCAGUGAAAGGGAUGGUUGUCUGCGCCCCUGUCCCCCACGCACCUGGCCUGGCCCUUCCCCUUCAGGACCCUAACAGGCUGCAGAGGGAAUGGCAACCAUAGGACACUCAGAUUCUCCUCCCUUCCAUCUUUCCACCAGCUGCCAGUCAAGGGCAGAGGGAUCUUGAUGGAGCCUCUCCCCCCCAACCCUCCCUCUCCCCCACACCCUUGCUGUUCCUUGUUUGUGUGCAGAGCUUUGAUGGUGGUUCCGUGCCUGGCCCAUCCCCGCCUCAACUUCCAGGACAUUCCCUCCCCAGCUCCAGCCUGGAGGGUUAGGGGCCAAGGUCCCCGGAGGCCAAAGGGCCGUAAUCACCCCUCGUGCCCACCCACAGCUGUGCUCACUGGCACCGUCACCUCUUCCCCUCUGGGACCGGGACAGAUCCUGGGCCACUUCAGCCUGGCCUGGAAAUAGCAUGAGGCAGAGGCAUUGGGUCCCAGGGGACCCAGGCCCCGGCAGAGCCACAAUACCUACCCUCUCUGCGUGGCCUGGCAGCCUUUGGAAAAGGAAAGAAGAAGCCGAGAGCAGAGAGAAGCAGGGAAUGGUGUGCAGAGCACCGGAUGAGGAGCAGGAGCCUUCGGUUCCUAGUCAACCCAGCCACUACCCGGCUGUGCAGUCUUCUGUGAGCCCCUGCCCUCUCUGGGCUGGCCUCCCUCAUUUGUGAGCUGAGGCCCUUGCUCUGGUCAUCUCGGAGAACUGUCCAGAUUAAAAGUGCGAUCGUCUGUGAUUCCAGGUCUCUAGGGUGGAACAAACCAGAGAAGCCACACAGCAGGGGCAGGUCCUGGGACGGGAUAGCAGGUGGGGUCUGGCUAAGCCUGGAUCAGGGUCAGCAGCUAGUUCCAAAGAGUUAGGGGCAAGGGCAAGGGUCAAAGCAGACCCACCUCGUACACAGACUGUGAAAAUCCAGCUUUUCUGCAUCGCCCCAGCCUGGCACCCCUGCCUAUUUGAGAGGGUCUCAAAGGGGCUGGUGGCUUCCUGGUCCCUACCCUUGAGUCCUCAUCAGCAUUCCCAAGAGAGUGGAAGAAAUUAGGAGCUGAGAAAAGCCACCCAGCCUGACCUCUUGCUUAUACAGAUGGGGAAGAGCUCAGAGAAGACAAGUGACUUGCCCAGAAUCACACAGCCCAGUGGAGCAGGGCCAGGACUAGAAUGCAAUGCUCUUUCCCCCAGGCCGUACUGCCUGCCUGAGGGAGUCGUGGAGUCCAGGCUACGCUUAAGAGGAUGGACAUUUGAGAGGUCAGAGUGCUUUCCAACAUGCCCAUGAGACCGCCUUCCUUGAUGAAACACACAAACGUCUAGGCGUUUCUGUCCCCCCCACCCCCAGAAGGCAGGGCGAGGAGAGGUGAUCCCCAGGGCACUGCGGCAGGAACAGAGUUCAGAACGCAGCCGUCCCUCCCAUGGUCAGUCACCUGCCAGGUGUCUAGACAGCUGUUGGCGACCUGAGUCAGAUGGGCGCUGGUGCCUUUUGCCCCCCUUUUUUGUUCUCUGUCCCUGCUCCCCUGCGCACUUAGCCUGAAGCAUGAUGCAAGAGCUGCAGGUUGUAGGGCAGCUCCUCCUCAUGGAGGCUCCUCCUAGACCUGUUGCUUCCAGCCCCCAGAUCCUUGUUUCCAUUUAGAGCACAGCUCAACUGUUCAGCACCUCGGGCCCAGCUCCCCCACAGAUGGAGUGACGGCGUGCUUCAGCCAGAACCUGCCGAGAUCUAGGUUGCCCUGGUAACAGCCAAUGACAUCAGCCCCAGUGCUGGGUCAAGCAUCUCAUCAUGACAUACGCUGUUGCUGGGGUGACGGCGGAAUUCAGAACUUAGAUUUCCGGGACAGCGGGCUUUCUUGGGUUUCUUUUACUGUUGAGGGUGCAGCUUUUGUGGACGGCUUGGGGGGAAGAAAGAGUCCUAGGAAGGAGAUGAUAAAACUUGUUUGAUCCCUUGAGCCCCCCCAGAGGUACCACCCCUCGUCCUUUAUGCUUUGUCAUGGUGAUGCGAGACCUCUGACCUGCGCUGAGUCACCCUGGCAGCCCUCCAGAGGCGAGCAGAACAAAUUGAAGAUGUAGCGGUGUAGGCGCUGAGUCUAGGCCAUUGGUGAGGGGCCUGGGUCCCCAUUUCCGUUCCAGGAAGAGGAUCGCCCCAAAGCCCCCACCCCUUCAUCUACUGAUCUUCCUCCUCACCUGUGCUGAACGCCUGCUGUGUGGACUCCAGGUAUGACCUUCAGCUGCUCCCGGGCACAGCCAGGAAGACUGGGGAAGAGAAAUUGCGCUCAGUUGCGUCCUUGAGCCACUCCUGGCUGCAGUCGAGGCUGCAGCCGUGUUUGUUAAGGCCGUUGCAGGUGGCAGGCACCAUACCAAGCACCUCAUGGGCAUCCCCUCAUUAUCCUCACAGCACUUGUAAGCUAGGACUCUUCUGAGCCCCAUGAGACACGUGAAGAAACAGGGGCCCAGAGAGGUUAAGGAACCUGCCCGUGGCCAUCAGCCAGUAAGUGAAGGAGCCCAGAGUUCAAGGCAGGGGAUGUCCAGCCUGAUGUCAGCCGGAGGGGACAGGCACGACCACUCUCUGUGGAGUGGGGUCGGGUCAUCCAUUCACCUGGAUGACCCUGUUCACCACCCGAGAGGAACAGAGGUGUGGGAUGGGCUGGCCCCACGGUCGCCUUGAGUGAGGCCGUGGGAGGGGCCUCAGCCCCUUUAGGCACCUGUCCCUGUGCGGUGGGCCCGCACCCAGCCCUCCUCUCACCUGCUGGGGUUUCCAGGAGAGCUGAAAGGGGAGAGGAAGCUGGACGGCUCCCCAAGUCAAUGGUCCUCAAGCCCCUGCUUUGGGCCAAGCCUUGUGCCAGGUGCUUCACAGCUCUUCACUUGCCAGAUUUUCCCACUUUGUGGCCCAGGGGCCCCUACUCAACAGCCCAAGGGCACAGAACGCCUUGCUGCCCUUGUGCAUGACCCGGGACUGCAGAUUUGGGCAGGAAGGGCUCCGAAGCCCUCGUUUCCCAGCUGAGGAUGCCGGGGCCCAGGGAGGGUGAGCCCAGCUUUCUGACUCUGCAUCCAGUGAUCUUCCCACCACCUCAUGACCCCACCCAGUGAUCUUUCCACCACCCCGUGACCCCCCCUCCCGAACUGGGUUCUGCCUUUUCUACACUUCCCAGCACCCUUGCCCGAGCAAACUGGGGGAGGGAUCUUUCCCGCAGGAGAUGGAAUCAUCCAUCAUUCUCUUCGCCUUCUUCGUCCCAGCUUCCUGCCACUCCAAGCCACCUCCCCCCGCCCCGACCCACCGCCAUGACCCUGCCCCUGCCAGGUAGGGAAGGGGCUGACAGGAGCCCUGGCUGAGCAGCGAGUGAGCAUGUCAAGCUGUUGGACACUGUGACAUUAGUGCAUCCUACCGGUGACCCGCCUCCCCGCCCCUUCUCCCGCCUGAUUUUGUACAUAAAGUGACAUGAGAUGCAACGUGUGUGUGCGUGCGUGUGUAUGACAUAUGUCAUGGGUUUUGUUACAUUUUUGUUUUUGUAACUUUGAAUGUUCAAAAUAAACAUGAUGUUUACUCUGA